CUUUCUAACUUGCUGGACCUUGUGGGCAUCUGCUGUGAGCAAACGCCAGAGGUCUUGGCUCUGUGCUAUGAUGAAUUUGCCAAUUUGAUUGAGAAGCAGAAGGGGAAUCUGGACUUGCAGCUCCUGGACAAGUUUGGGAAGAGUUUGGUGGAGGACUUUCCCAGUGACUUUGUGGUGGAUCUCAGCCCCACGGUGGAUGGUUCGUUCUUGUUCCCAGUGAAGUCCUUGUAUAAUCUGGAUGAAGAUGAAACUCAGGGAGCAAUUGCCAUUAACCUCUUACCAUUGGUGUCACAGAGUGAUCUUGCAAGGGUCACUGGUGGAAUGAGCAGCCAAAGUAAAAGGGUAGUGUCACCACUGUGUCUGUCACCCUGUUUCCGACUGCUGAGGUUCUACACUGCAGAGCAAAACAGUGGAAGCCUGGAGGAGAUCGAUGCCCUAUUAGGUUGCCCCCUGUACCUGACUAACCUGGAGGUUGAAGGGAAGCUGGACUCUCUGUCCAAGCAGGAAAGGGAAUUUCUGUGCUCAAUCCUGUUCUAUGCUCUCAACUGGUUUCGUGAGGUUGUAAAUGCCUUCUGCCAGCAACAGGAUGCUGAGAUGAAGGGGAAAGUUUUGACUCGAUUGCAGAACAUCACAGAACUGCAGAAUGUGCUGGGGAAAUGCUUGGCAGCAACCCCUGGAUAUGUCCCACCACCAGCUGCUUUUGAUUCGGAAGCCCUGGAGACUGUAUCAUCCACUAAUGCUGUUGGUCCAUUGAGAAAAAAAAAUGGAAAGAAAAAAAAGACCGAUGGCAGCAAAGCCAGCUCUGCUGAUCGUUCUCAAGCAGAUGACAGUUCUGAGGGAAACCAGCCUGAUACUGAGCUCUCUGAGCUGGAGAAGACUGCUGAGAGAGAGGCAGAAAAUCCUCUGGCAAAGCUGCAGAACUAUCGCCCGUACUUCCGAGAGUUAGACCUUGAGGUGUUCACUGUGCUCCACUGUGGGCUGCUGACAAAGUCUGUCUUGGACACAGAGAUGCAUACAGAGUUUUGUGAAGUUGUGCAGCUGGGGCCUGCUGAACUUAGCUUCCUUCUGGAUGACCUGUGCUGGAAGCUGGAGCAUGUGCUGACUCCGAGCUCCACAAGGAGAGUGCCCUUUCUGAAGGAAAGAAGCUACAGGGAUAUUGGCUUUUCCCACCUGUGUCAGAGAUCCCCCAAGGAAGUUGCUACGUGUGUAGUCAAGCUACUAAAACCACUGUGUAAUCACAUGGAGAACAUGCACAACUACUUCCAGGCAGUUAUACAAAAUCAGGGUGCGGAAGAUGAACCAGGAGUGAACAUCCAGGAGCACAUGCUGAUGUCUUCUUGUUACCAACAGCUGUUACUAACUUCUCGCUCCCUAUUUGCUUGGAAUGGUUUUUCUCAGCCUGAAAAUACUGACUUGCUAAGGUCAGCUCUCCAGGUGCUUGCAGACAGACUAAAACCAGGAGAGACAGAAUUUCUUCUUCUUGAGGAGCUGAUAAGUGAGAGUUUUCACUACCUGCUGAAUUUCCAGCAGAGUGUUCCCAGCUUCCACUGUGCAUUCAUCCUCACUCAGCUCCUGAUCGCCAUCGCUGAGAAACCAGUGACUGGCUGGAAGAAAGAGAAAAUUGCUUCACUAGCAAAGCAGUUCCUUUGCCAGUCAUGGGUGAGGCCUAAUGGAGACCGAGAGAAGGGCAACCAGUUCAACAGUGCACUGCAUACUCUGCUCUGUGUCUACCUGGAGCACACAGAUAAUAUCCUGAAAGCUAUAGAAGAAAUCUCAAGUGUUGGUGUCCCUGAACUGAUCAACUCUGCCAAAGAUGGAUGUUCUUCCACUUACCCUACUCUAACCAGGCAGACAUUCCUGAUUUUCUUCCGAGUAAUGAUGGCUCAGCUAGAUUGUUCAGUGAAAAGCAUCCCAGCUGGGAAACCAUCAGACUCAAGUGAGGUGCAACUGGAGAAGCUGCUGCGGUGGAACAUCGCUGUGCGGAAUUUCCAUAUCCUCAUUAACUUGGUCAAGAUAUUUGACAGCAGGCCUGUACUCGGUGUCUGCCUGAAGUACGGCCGUCUCUUCGUAGAAGCAUUUCUGAAGCUUGCCAUGCCUCUCCUGGACUACAGCUUUAAAAAACACAGGGAUGAUGUGCAGAGUUUGCUGAAAACCUUGCAGCUGAGUACCAGACAACUUCAUCACAUGUGUGGCCAUUCCAAGAUUCACCAAGACAUUGGACUGACCAACCACGUGCCUUUGUUGAAGAAGUCUCUGGAACAAUUUGUAUACCGAGUGAAGGCAAUGCUGGCGUUCAACCACUGCCAGGAGGCAUUUUGGAUGGGUGUCCUUAAAAAUCGGGAUCUUCAGGGAGAAGAAAUCCUGUCCCAAGCCUCUGGAGAGAGGG